AUGAGACCAAUAAGCAAUAUAAGACCAAUAAGCAACGAGGCCAAUAAGCACUAUGAGGCCAAUAAACACUAUGAGACCAAUAAGCACUAUGAGACCAAUAAGCAAUAUGAGACCAAUAAGCAAUAUGAGACCAAUAAGCACUAUGAGACCAAUGAGCACUAUGAGACCAAUAAGCAAUAUGAGACCAAUAAGCACUAUGAGACCAAUAAGCAAUAUGAGACCAAUAAGCAAUAUAAGACCAAUAAGCACUAUGAGACCAAUAAGCAAUAUGAGACCAAUAAGCACUAUGAGACCAAUAAGCACUAUGAGACCAAUAAGCACUAUGAGACCAAUAAGCACUAUGAGACCAAUAAGCAAUAUGAGACCAAUAAGCACUAUGAGACCAAUAAGCACUAUGAGACCAAAAAGCAAUAUGAGACCAAUAAGCACCAUGAGACCAAUAAGCACUAUGAGACCAAUAAGCACUAUGAGACCAAUAAGCAAUAUGAGACCAAUAAGCACUAUGAGACCAAAAAGCAAUAUGAGACCAAUAAGCACCAUGAGACCAAUAAGCACUAUGAGACCAAUAAGCACUAUGAGACCAAUAAGCACUAUGAGACCAAUAAGCACUAUGAGACCAAUAAGCACCAUGAGACCAAUAAGCACUAUGAGACCAAUAAGCACUAUGAGACCAAUGAGCACUAUGAGACCAAUAAGCACUAUGAGACCAAUAAUCACUAUGAGAUCAAUAAGGUUAGAGGCAGAGAAUCCCACUAUGAGACCAAUAAGCAAUAUGAGACCAAUAAGCACUAUGAGAUCAAUAAGCAAUAUGAGACCAAUAAGAACUAUGAGAUCAAUAAGCAAUAUGAGACCAAUAAGCAAUAUGAGACCAAUAAGCAAUAUGAGACCAAUAAGCAAUAUGAGACCAAUAAGCACUAUGAGGCCAAUAAGCACUAUGAGACCAAUAAGCACUAUGAGACCAAUAAGAUCUAUGAGACCAAUAAGCAAUAUGAGACCAAUAAGCACUAUGAGACCAAUAAGCACUAUGAGACCAAUAAGCACUAUGAGACCAAUAAGCACUAUGAGACCAAUAAGCACUAUGAGGCCAAUAAGCAAUAUGAGACCAAUAAGCACUAUGAGACCAAUAAACACGAUGAGACCAAUAAGCACUAUGAGACCAAUAAACACGAUGAGACCAAUAAGCACUAUGAGACCAAUAAGCACUAUGAGACCAAUAAGCACUAUGAGACCAAUAAGCACUAUGAGACCAAUAAGCACUAUGAGACCAAUAAGCACUAUGAGACCAAUAAGCACUAUGAGACCAAUAAGCACUAUGAGACCAAUAAACACGAUGAGACCAAUAAGCACUAUGAGACCAAUAAGCACUAUGAGAUCAAUAAGCAAUAUGAGACCAAUAAGCACUAUGAGACCAAUAAGCAAUAUGAGACCAAUAAGCACUAUGAGGCCAAUAGGCCUGUGAGGAAAACCAGUUAG